UGCGGGUUAUAAAACGAAAAAGCCGUCACUACCGGGUGUCAGUUUGUGGCGACCAUGAGCUCCGUACCGCUUAUUAGAACAGCUCGCAAGGAGGAUUGCAAAGAAAUCCAGCGCCUAAUUCAGGAACUCGCCACUUACGAAAAAUUUCCGCACGCCCCGAAACUGAAAGUCGAAGAUCUUGAACGGGAUGGAUUUGAAAGCAGCCCUCCGAAGUUCAAGUGCUUUGUGGCAGAAAACCCAGAUAAUGAGGAGGAAUUGUGCGGAUAUGCAAUGUAUUAUCCAACUUAUUCCGCUUGGGAUGGAAAGGCGAUCCGACUCGAGGACCUUUUUGUGGCUCCUGAAGGCAGAGGAACGGGUCUGGGAAAAAGACUUUUUAGUCUUGUGGCAAAAGAGGCCUUGGAAGGCAAUUAUUGCAGGGUUGAGUUCACAGCUCUGGGAUGGAAUCAGGCUGCUGGUUUUUAUACGCAUCUUGGUGCAGAAAAUACCACAAGCAGUGAAGACAGAAAUGUCUGGCGUCUUUACCGGAGCGGUAUGGAAAAGCUCUUGGAAAAUUCCAAUUUGAAUUGAAAAUAUUCCUCUAUGGAAUAAGAAAAAUUUCACAUGGAAUGUAUUUUAUUGUAUUAAACGAUAGUAAAAAAUGUAACAAAAAAAGUU